CAACUUUUGUAAGAAUAAAAAUACCAUAGAGAAGAAAGAAACAUAAUUAAUGGCUACGAAGAAAUUUUCAGCUACUAUAUUACCUUUGUUUAUGAUAUAUACUCUCGUGCUAUUGCCCAUAACAUCAGGUAUAACAGGAAAACGGAAAUGUCAGGAUUGGAGAUAUGGAUGUAGCAGCAGAGUUGCAUGUAAUGCAAAGUGCUUAUCUCUCGGUUACAAAGGAGGAGACUGUGUAACAUUUGCUUUUCCUGUUUGUUGCUGCAAAAUCAAUUUGGAAUUUCAAGAUGAUUCUCCUACUUCUAGUCCGAUCAUGACAGAUUAAUAUUCAAUUACUAUGUAUUUUAAAUUAUAUUAAAAA